AUUGUUAUUUAAAUAAUGGAAGACCAAUGUUACGAACUAACAUCUGUUGAGAAUAGGCAUAAAAAAGAAAAGAAGGAAUUACAGGCACAAAUACAAGCUCUAAAAAAAACUGCAAAGAAUGACAAAACUAAGAAGAAAGAAGUUACUGCUGAAAUAGCCAGGCUGGAGACUGCGCUAGAGAUUCGUCACAAACAAGAACUCGAAGCAGUUCAGAAAACUUCUGACGCCGAAAACAUUGAAUCAAUCGAUAAUGAAAUAGCGAAACUAAAAAUCUCUAAGGCUCAGAAACGGAGAGACAAAAAAAUAUUACAAGAGAAAGAAAGGGAGGAACAAAUAAAGUUGCAGGAGAAAGAGAACAUCAAUGGGCCCAGGAACCUGGAACUUCAGGCUGUUUCGGAAAAAUUACAGAAAAGCAAGUUGAGAAUAUUCCCAAUACCGUCAGACGGGGACUGCUUAUAUAAAGCUGUUGCCCAUCAAUUAGAAAGCACUCGACAAAAAUCGCUGUCUGUUGAUGAACUUAGAAAGAAUGUUGCAGAGUACAUCAGAGAACACAAGGAUGGUUUUUUGCCAUUCAUGAGUAACCCUAAAACUUGUGAUAUGCUCACUGAAGCUGAAUUUGAAGAUUAUUGCAAUAAAAUUACCAGUACUAAAGUCUGGGGUGGCCAGUUGGAAAUCAAAGCAUUAUCAAAUUCUUUAAAAUGUCCUAUUAAUGUUGUGCAAGCAACUGGGCCAGACUCUAUUCAGCAAGGAGACGAAUUUCCAGGCCCACCCUUAGUAAUAUCUUAUCAUAGACAUAUGUACAGCCUAGGUGAACAUUACAAUUCAACAUGUCCUGUAGACAUAGAAAAUGAUGCAAAUGUAGAAAAAUAAAUUUAUACCACUCAAGCACAUGUAAUAGUAUUUAGAGGUGUAUUUAAAUUAUUUGUUCAGUUUUUUUAUACAAUACACCCAUGUCUUUCAUGACCAUGUAAAACUGAAAAUAC